CAAAAAAAAAAUCUCGAAAACAAUCAAAGUGGAAUAAAUAUACACAGUAUUCCGUGCAUUUUUCUGAUAUUCAACAGUGAAUAACCCCUUUUGCAAAACUUGACGAUAAACCAAUGGCAGCUGCCUGCAUCUUCUGCAAGAUUAUCGACGGAUCUAUCCCAUGCCAUAAAGUCUUUGAGACUCCGAAGACCCUUGCCUUUAUGGACAUCAACCCCCUCGCACGGGGCCACCUUCUCAUCAUCCCAAAACAACACGCAGAGGAGCUACACUUCCUGGACUACGAUUCCGCUGCUGAUGUCGGGCGUGUAUUGGCUCACGUAAGCCGUGUCGUCGCGGGUCCUGAUUCCAGCACAAAAUAUAACGUUCUGCAAAAUAAUGGCACCAUUGCACAUCAAGAAGUGAGUCAUGUGCACUUCCAUAUUAUUCCGAAGCGUGACCUUGAUUCUGGACUCAAGAUACCCUACUGGGAUAUGCUUCCAACCGAUCAUGCGGCGUUUGCUGAUGAUGCGAAGAAAUAUCGCGAGGCUCUCGAGAAAAUUCCUGAGUAAGUAGGUUGGACUCAUAGGUUAAUAGGGGGGAAGGUAGCUAUAUAAUUAUGCAUAGGUUUUUGGAGAAAAAAUAUAAGCGAAUAUAUAUAUUUUUUAUAGGUUGAAAAUUAUCAAUAUUUAGUUUCUUAAAGAUAUUUCUGAAAAAAUCGUGGCAGUUUUGUUGUAUUGACGUAGUUGAUUUCUUAUAUCGGGCCACUUAUAGAAUCUUGAAUCGAAGAGCUUUACUCUUAAACAAGCCUGCUUCCU